AUGGCAGCCCCGUCCCGGACAGCUGCGGCUCGUAUUGGGCGGAUACUGCCGCGGCCGCGUCCUGUUCCAUCUCGGGCGUCUCGAGGACUGCCACCGCCGACGUCGCUGCGCCCGCACUCGACCUUUUCGUCCGUCAAUCCCGAUGAGGUCUCCCACUUCAAUGCGCUCGCCAGCGAGUGGUGGGAUCCCCACGGCUCAUCGCGACUCCUCCACUUGAUGAACCCGCUGCGACACGACUUCAUCCGAUCCUGUCGCGGGGUCGGCGGCGGAGAGACGCCCUUAUCCUACCUCGACAUUGGCUGCGGCGGCGGCAUCUUUGCCGAGAGCGCCGCUCGGCUGCCGACGACGCGACGAGUCACGGCCAUCGACCCCACGCCGUCGGUCCUUGCCGUGGCCAAGGCGCACGCACGCAAAGACCCAUCGUUGGUGACCAAGCUCGCCUACAGGCAGAGCUCCAUCGAGGAGCUGGAGCAGCCGCUGGACGACGGGCAGCGCUACGACGUGGUGACGCUGUUCGAGGUGCUCGAGCACAUUGACGAGCCGGCCGCCUUCCUGGCGCGGGUACGGCCGUUUGUCAAGCCCGGCGGGUGGCUGGUCAUGAGCACCAUUGCGCGGACGUGGACGAGCUGGCUGACGACGAACCUGGUGGCCGAGGACUUGCUGGGCAUCGUCCCGCGCGGAACGCACGACUGGAACAAGUACAUCAACGAGGAGGAGCUGCGGCGAUACUUUGUGGACCAAGGCUGGGAGAGCCCGCGCGUCAUGGGCGUCGUCUAUGUACCCGGUCUGGGAUGGAAGGCGGUGCGAGGAAGUGAGAGGGUCGGCAACUACUUCUUCGGAGUCCGUCGAGGUGACUGA